AGCAGAAGGGCUGAUCUCUCACUGAAGAGGUCAUACUGGCUUCGGCUGCCACUUGUUGCCAAAACCUUCGGGGCUUCGGGAUACAUCGAAUUGCUGUCUUUUUUUUUUUUAAACAAUUAUUUAGCAGCCGGCGGAAGCGCGCUUUCAAUGUACAGAGAAGAAUACACCUUCAUGUGAUAUUUGUUGGCCAGAGGGACGUACUUGUAUUAUUUAAUAGUGCAUUGCAGCCCACCGGGAAACAAGUAUGGUUGAUAACACCACUAUAGCAACAAAAUCUGCUUUGCAAACCGCUUUCUCCUCUGCAAAUUCUCUGCCCCUCCUGGGGUCGACAGCCCCCUCUCACAGUCACUUCUCCGGCUCACAGGCUCACCCAGUCGGCGGUGGGAUGAAACUAGAAGCGGUUAUGGAGAACCUCCAGCGGCAGCAGGCGGCACGACUGGCGCUGGAAGAGAAGCUGCGGCAGGCGGAGAAACAGAAGGAGAUCCGAUCUAUGGUGGAGACGCAGAUCCAGCAGCAAGCCUUGGCUUUAAGGCAUUACCACGAGUCCGUCCGAGGUUCAUUCGCUCCGAGAGGGACGGACAGCAGUCCGGGGGCUAGUGCAGCAGACCGGCAGCAAAUCCGCCCAGCGCCACCGAGGCAGAUUGAUCCGGACGAGUCAGAUAUGGACGACGAAGCCGAAGGGGACCACGAAGACGACGAAAGGGAUCUGGACGAGGACGACUUAGAUGACGAAGGGGCAAUGGACGAGGACGUGGAAGGAGAUAUGUCACAUUUUCGACCCCGCCACCCCGGACAAGGAGGAGCGGGUCAGUCUCCGAAGGGUUCCUCCGUGCAUGUGUUGCCUAGAGUCGGACAGCCACAGUAUUGUGCCCCGGGACAGUCGCCUUCUCCAAGCGGCACAGCACAGCAAGGACAAUCGCAGCACCACGAGUGGACUUACGAGGAGCAGUUCAAACAGCUAUAUGAAUUAGAUGAUGAUCCGAAGAGGAAAGAAUUUCUGGAUGAUCUUUUCAGUUUUAUGCAGAAACGAGGGACUCCAGUGAAUCGGAUUCCUAUCAUGGCGAAGCAGGUGUUAGAUCUCUAUACUCUCUACAAGCUUGUCACAGAAAAAGGCGGCUUAGUGGAGGUCAUCAAUAAGAAGAUAUGGCGCGAGAUCACCAAAGGCCUCAACCUCCCUACCUCCAUCACUAGUGCAGCUUUCACACUGAGAACACAAUACAUGAAGUAUCUGUAUCCCUAUGAAUGUGAAAAGCGGGGGCUUAGCUCCCCAGGAGAGCUCCAGGCAGCUAUUGACAGUAAUCGUCGAGAGGGACGCAGACAGAGUUACGGCUCAUCUCUCUUCAGUUACUCCCCUGUCGGGACCCCCAAUGUUCUUUCUUCACCAAAGAUUCAAAUGCCAACUAUUGCAAUGUCAACUCCUAAUGGUGGCCACAUCAGCCAAACAGCUACAAUCAAAAAAGAAGAGUCAAUGCACUCCAGCGGCAUUCCCAACAGGAUUGCUAUUCCGGUGUCUCUGGCUGGACACCACGUGGCAGCUGCCCAAGCGGCAGCAGCUCAGGCGGCAGUCCAGGCAGCGGCCCUCGAACAGUUGCGGGAGAAGUUGGAAGCCGGCGAGCCUCCCGAGAAGAAGAUGAUGCUCAUGGCGGAGGAACAGCAGCGGCUAAUGCAACAUGCUCUGCAGCAGAACCUUUUUGCAAUGGCAACACAACUCCCGAUGAAUAUUAAGAUCAACAACCGAGAUGACAGACAAGAGACUGCAUUGAACCUGUCUACCAACGGCAUUAGCAGCAUCAACAUGUCAAUAGAAAUAAAUGGAGUUGUCUACACAGGAGUUCUUUUUGCUCGAAAACCAGCCAUUCCAGUAAUGCCAGGUAGCAAUGGCAGCAGUAUCAGCAGUUCUCAGGGAAAAUCAAGUCCGGGUCUGGCAGCACAAAACCAGCCAUCCUCUUCCUCAACUCUUGGACAGACCUCAAGCAGCUCCUCACCCUGAUCUUCCUCUUGCCACAAGAACAUUAUCUAAACCAUACUUCAGUCUAACAAUCCCUAAGAAAAGACUAAUGUGGUUACAAAGGUGGCUUUUUCUUUCCUAAUCGAUUUUGAAAAGGAAUCAUGGAAAAGUUAAACAAAACAAAACAAAAAAAAAAGAAAAAAUUAAAAAACGACAAAA